AUGGCUAAAAAGGGCAAGAGCAGCUCAAGCACGCAAGCUGUUCAGAAAACUAAUAAUUCGAAAAAACAAGCCAGGAGUAAAGUAGAUGAGAUCAACGAAACCGAUUGCAAUCCGAAAUUAAAGCAGCAAGCUAACAGGGCCAAGGUGACUUCAUCCACGAGCUGGACGGGUAAGUUGCCUCAUACACUAUUGCAUGAAGCGUGUCAGAAAAGAAAAUGGAACAAAGUCGAAUAUGACAUGAAGAAAAUAGGUGACAAAGGUAUGCUUGCCAUUGCUGUUAUAUCAUGGACCAAUCCUAAAACCAAGGAGGUGAUAAUGAUCAAGUUGAAUGAUCCUACUUAUGAUAAGUUGAGCGACAAAGGCAUUUUAGUACCGCAAGAGACCCCGAUGGAGGCAAGACAUUUUGCUGCCACUGUAGCCUUGUAUCGGAUUUCUUAUCAUAACAACUUGCAUAUGAUGCUACCACCAAAUCAUAAAAAGCUUUGGUAUGAAUUAAGUGCUUAUCGAACGGAGUUGAUGAAGCACAAUCCAAAGCGUGCUCAAAAAUUAUUUGAUGUAGAUCCAUUCAAAGCAGUAUUAGAAGACCGCAAGGAGAAAGAAAAGAAUCGGAAGGAACAAGAUGCGAGAUUCAAUCAGGCAAAAAAAGAGAUAAAAGCCCCUGUUCUUGUUUCUCAUACUAAGAAAGCCUUUAGCGAAAAUGCAAGCAAGGAGGUCAAUUUACUGGAUAGAAAUAAAAAAAUAACAUCCGUGAGUUUUCCGAAAAAGGUUUGGGAGAAUGCACCAUUCAUUGAUCUCGAUGAAUCCUCAAGGCAGGCAAUUGAAUCCUCUUUGAAAGUGUACAUUAAUUGGUCACAAAAGAAAUUAAAUUCAGAUCACAUUCAUUCUUCGGAUCGCGAAAACUUGAGGCAUAAAUUAUUAUCGCUUAGCUUCAGAGUACCACAUGUGGAAGAGGCAAUGCAUUAUAAAGAUCCAAUAUCGUUUCUGCUUUUCAAUUUACCAGAAGACGAUUUACCUGCAUUUUUCCACAAAAGGAGAGAAGAUUCAAAAGUCGUUGUUCAGAUCUCUUCUUUGCCAUUAUCUGUGAAAAAUAGUAUUGAAAGGCUGGUUGAGAGUGGUGUUUCCCGAGAUGAGGCUUGGUUUGCGUUAGAAAAUUCGAAUAUGAACGAAGGCGAGGCCGCUGGGAAAUUAUUGAACAUUGUUUUACCUGGGAUGCAAUUUAGCCAGGAAAUAUUGAUCUCGGAGGAAGAGUCUAUUGAAAUAUGGAAUGAGGAGCUAGAAAGUUUGAAAUCGAUUUAUGAAAAUCAAGUUGAGAUCAUCAACCCUGAUGCCUGCUAUAUCAUUCAACUUAUUCCAAAAUUAAAACUUAAAUUAAAAGUUUAUAGAACAAAGAGCUAUCCUUCAACUUUGCCCGGAAUAAUAGUAUCGACUUUUGAUAGGAAUUAUAAGUUGCCGGAUUAUAUCAAACACCAAAUUCUAAUAAAACUACUCCAAUUCAUCACAGAAAACCAACUACUGGGUGAAAUGCUUGUGUACCAGAUAUAUGAAUGGCUGGUAUCCAACUUGGAAGAAAUUAUCGAAAACCCAGGACCAUUGCUUUCUGAAGAAGAAGUGCAGAUUUCACUUGAAAAUAAUGGCAGAAAGCAUCAGGAAAGAAAUACGGAUUCUAGGAUUAGACAAAAUCGUAGAUUUGGAACCGCUAAAACUCUGAAUGACAAUGAAACGGCUAGACUUCAAGAGGAAUAUUUACGAAGAAUAAAAUCUGCAGAAUUUCUCCAAAUGCAGAACUUUAGAUCAAAGUUACCUGCAUGGCAAAAGCAAGGUUUCAUAAUAAAUUUGGUAGAGCAAAAUGAAGUUAUUCUUAUAACUGGUGAAACUGGAUCAGGUAAGUCAACUCAAGUGGUUCAAUUCAUACUGGACUCUCUUCAAGGAAAGAAGAACGACUUUGGUCAGAUUAAGAUUAUUUGCACGCAGCCUAGGAGAAUUUCAGCUAUCGGGUUGGCAGAGCGUGUAUCUGAUGAGCGUUGUACAGAGUGUGGUGAUGAGGUUGGAUACAUAAUUAGGGGUGUGAAUAACACGAAGAAUACCACACGAAUAAAGUUCAUGACAACAGGUGUUCUUGUAAGGAUGUUACAAGGUGAUAAAAAUAUGCUGAAGAAUACUAUUGUUGUCAUUGAUGAAGUUCAUGAGAGAUCUAUUGGCACGGAUUUAGUCGUCAUUUUGCUGAAAAAUUUACUGGGUAAGAUACCGGGUUUGAAAAUUGUACUAAUGAGUGCAACAGUUGAUGUGAAGGCUUUUGAGGAAUUUUUUCCCAGGCUAGGUAGAUGCCACAUUGAAGGUCGAACUUUCCCUAUCAAAGAUUAUUUUUUGGAUGAUGUCUUAGAGAAAUUGAAUUUCAAAAUAAAGAUUGAUAAGUUUCAAGAAAACUCGGAUGAAGAUUCUUACGAAAUAGAGCGUAAACCAAAUGCAGAUUCAAGGUUUUUCAGAACAGGUCAGAUCAAUUAUGAUUUGAUUCGGCAAUUAGUCCAGCACAUUGACGCACAAUUGCAAAAUGAAAAUGAUGAUGGUUCAAUUAUUGUUUUUCUACCUGGUGUGGCAGAAAUCAAUAGAUGCUGUAAGAUGAUAUCAAGCGGCAAUAAUUCGAAUAAUUUUGUAGUUUUACCUUUACAUUCAGCACUUACACCAGAGGACCAGAGAAAAGUGUUCAAGAAGUUUAGCGGUAGGAGAAAAGUAAUUGUUUCAACAAAUAUUGCGGAAACUUCCAUUACAAUUGACGACUGUGUUGCUAUAAUAGAUUCUGGCAGAUCCAAAACCAUGUUUUACAAUCCUCGUGAUAAUACAACACGAUUAGUGGAAAACUUUAUUUCGAAAGCAGAAGCAAAGCAACGUAGAGGUCGUGCUGGUAGAGUUCGAGAAGGUCUGUGUUAUAAGCUAUUCUCUAGGAAACUCUAUGACGAAGAAAUGAUACCAAUGCCUCCUCCAGAAAUCAAAAGAGUAUCACUUGAAUCACUUUUUAUAUCCGUUAAAGCAAUGGGUAUCAAAGACGUAAAAAAAUUUUUAGCACAUGGAUUAGAUCCGCCACCUUUAAAAUCGCUAGAAAAAGCGAGUGGUAUGUUAACUACUAUUGGUUUGCUCAACGAAUAUGAUUCAUCUUUGACAGAGUUGGGUAAAUUUAUUAGUCUGAUGCCCGUGAUGGAUAGCAAACACGGAAAAUUACUGAUAUACAGCAAUAUUUUUGGUGUAUCAGAUUUAGGAAUUUUGAUAGCAUCCAUAUUAAGUCUUGGAACAUCGCCUUUCAUUGGUGGUUUUGAAAACAGGGAUGAUAUUAAAAAGAUUUUAUCCAAAUAUGAAAACCGUGGUGACUUACUAGCAAUGACUGAAAUUUUGAAUCAAUAUUUUAGGUCGAAAGACAAGGUAAAACAAAAAAAAUUCAUGAAAGAUAAUUUAUUAUCAUAUAAUAAGAUAAGGGAAAUUGCCUCAACGCGUGCUCAAUUCUAUUCGAUAUUAAAAGAUGUUGGGUUUUUGCCAGUGCGCGAUAACUCUGAAUCAUCAUCUUAUUUGAACAGAAAUCAAGACAAUGUCGAUAUCUUGAAAGCCGUGAUUACUGGAGCUUUUUAUCCCAAUGUUGCAAGGGUUCAAUUACCGGAUACAAAGUAUUUAGCAACAAGAGUUGGUGCAAUCGAAAAAGAUGCUGACGCCAAGGCAAUAAAAUACUGGAUACGAAAUGAAGAAUAUAUCGAUGAAUUACAAAGCAAGUCUAGUAAUGAACAAUCUGUGGAUCAUUUACCAGCGAACAGAGCAUUUAUUCAUCCGUCUUCCGUUUUGUUUUCGCCCAAUGAGAAGAAUUUGCAGGAAAUGAAAAUCCUUUCUGAAGAUGAUCUCCAGCAUAAGACAGGACAAACAGUUAGUACACUGCUUAAAUCUCCAUUCAUUGUAUUCAACGGGUCUCAGGUUACAACUAAGCGAUACCUGAGAGACAUAACCCCAACAUCAACCCUUUCUUUACUAUUGUUGGGUGGGCCUAUAGGCUAUGACGUCAGUGGAGACAAGCAUUCUCCUGGUAUUGUGCUUGAUAGUUGGUUAGCUAUUAGAACAUGGUGCAAGAACGGUGUUUUAAUAAAAGAGCUAAGGUCUUUGUUGGAUGAAGCAAUCAAAGAACGCCUGGAAAGUCCGCAGUAUGCAUCAAAUACACAUUCAACAUCCAAAGCCAACCAAAUCCUCAAAAUUGUAGAAAAUUUAGUCUGUAUAGAAUGA